AUGUCAUCCAUUCUCCGCCAAAUAGUCGCAGGACCACGACUCCAACACCCAGAAGCCGGACUAGAUCUGUGCUAUGUUACCGACAAUGUCAUCGCAACCUCCGGCCCCUCAGCAACAUACCCACAGCGCGCAUACCGCAACCCACUAGACGCACUAGUAAACUUCCUCGACAGCAAGCAUGACGAAGACUGGUGUAUCUGGGAGUUCCGCGCGGAGGGGACAGGAUAUCCAGACAGCGAAGUCUACGGUCGAAUCCACCAUUUCCCCUGGCCGGACCAUCAUCCCCCGCCGUUCGCACUGAUUCCUAAUAUCAUGGGGAGUAUGAGGAACUGGAUACAACGGCUGGACGAUACAGACACCAAUGGGGUCGAUACAGACAAGAACAAGGAGAACCAGGUCGAAAAGGGGCCCGGGCCAGGCCAGCGCGUCGCAGUUGUACAUUGCAAGGCCGGCAAGGGGCGCAGCGGGACGGUCGCUUGUUCAUACCUUAUCAGCCAGGAAGGGUGGAAGAAGGAAGAUGCCCUGCAGCGAUUCACAGAGCGACGCAUGCGCGUGGGAUUCGGACAUGGCGUUAGUAUCCCGAGUCAAUUGCGGUAUGUUGGCUAUGUGGAUCGGUGGACGAAUCAGAUGGAAAAGCAGUAUGUUGAGCGUCCUGUGGAGAUUUUGGAAGUCCACAUAUGGGGAUUGAAGGACGGGGUGAAGGUUGCUGUGGAAGGAUAUGAGGAUGAAGGGAAGAAGAUCAAGUGUGUGCAUCUGUUCCAUCGAAGUGAACGCACUAUCAUUGCAGACUGUGAUUCUGCGCCGGAGACUGAGGCAGAUUCGCCAACGGGGAAACCCCUUCCUGCAGCUGCUACUUGGUCGCCUGCAACCUCCGGGUCCCAGUCCGACGUCUCAGGAACAGGUGCAACAGCCACAGGGCAACGCCUGCCGGCGAUCAUCUUCCGACCCAGCAAACCAGUCAUAGUUCCCAGCUCAGACGUGAAUAUCGACCUUGAACGACGCAGCAAAGCCUCCUACACAGGUUUCGCAAUGGUAACAUCCAUCGCACACGUCUGGUUCAAUGCAUACUUUGAAGGUGGCGCAGACCACGAUUCAGGCGUCUUCGAGACAGAAUGGAGCGCCAUGGAUGGGAUCAAGGGUAGUGCGAGAAAGGGGAUUCGCGCGCUGGACAAGCUGAAGGUUGUAUGGCGCUAUCCGCCACCUGAAUCAAUGGAUCCAGGUGCCACUGCCAGUGCCACAGGAGAUAGCAAAGGGAAGAGCGUUGAUACGAGUGCUUCCGCAGAAGGGAGGUCGAUCAGCGAGCCGAAGCCCGGUGAUCCAGUUCCCGAGAGUGAGCCUGCUGAUUGGCGUGGGCAAGUGAAUAAAGAGAAGAAGGAUUUGUCGGAGACAUCAUCUGUGAAAAGUGCUUCUGCUAUUGUAUCGGGCAAAGCGAAAGGGAUGGCACAUGCACUGGAGAAGGAACUUGGACUACGAAAGCAGGGAGAUGAGAGUAAGGAUGUGAGUCUUGCUGGGAGUGAGGAUGAGAUGGGAUUUACUACAGAUGAAGAAGGAAAUAAGGUGAAGACGAAGACGAGUGCUGAAGAUUUGAAAGGCGUCAAGACAGACUUUGGGGAUGGUAAGUAG